CGAUUGCCCGUCUGCUCGGCGUUACCUUACCUUAGCAGAAAUUUUUUUUUACCCCUUCUUCUCCAACUUCUUUCCUAUCCCGUCUGCAACUGAUUUCUCACUUGCUUGAUCUUAACAAUCUGCUCAAGUGAUUGCUUUAUACCCUUAUACCCCCAGCUCGCUCACUGUUCUCCUUCAUCACCCCUUUUCUCCUAGCUUAUCGCUCCUCAUCCUUAUCGGUCAUCAUGGGUGCCGAAAACGGUCAGAAGUCGCUCUCUGAGCGCAUUGAGAUGCCUGAGAUCCCCAUGGAAGUUGCGCGGGAGUUUGCGCUCCUGGAGCAGAGAUUUAUCCGCGCUGAGACCGACCGCCUGCGCCGAUCCGCUGUUGAGAACCGCCCUCUAUGGGAGAAGCGUAGCGAGCUCAUCUCCAAAGUCCAGGACGACUUCUGGGUUCGUGUCCUCUCCCACGCCCCCGCCGAGAUCGACGAAUACAUCCAGCACUCCGACGCCGCUGUUCUGGGCUCUGCCCUGAAGGACCUCACUGUUGAGAGAUUCGAGGUCGACGAGAAGGGCAAUGGCGAGCCCCGAAGCCUUCGUUUCACCUUUGUGUUCCGCACCGGCGAGGAGAACCCCUUCUUCGAGAACGAAAAGCUCGUCAAGGAGUUCUACUGGCGCAAGAAGAUCACCAAGACUCCCAAGGGCAAGCGCAGGACAUGGGAAGGCCUCGUCUCUGAGCCAGUCCGCAUCAAUUGGAAGGAAGGCAUGGAUCUGACCAAGGGAUUGCUCGAUGCUGCCUGUGAUCUGGCCGAGGCCGAGAAGAAGGGUGGCGACCGCAAGAAGCUCCCCGAGUUCGAAAAGCUCGCCAAGAAGAUGGAAGAGCUUGAAGCCGCUGCCAUGGAAGAUAACGAUGAGGACGAGGAAGACUUCCCCACCCCUGCCGGAACCAGCUUCUUCGGGUUCUUUGGUUACCGUGGCAAUGUUGUCUCCGCCGAAGAGUCCAAGGAAGCCAACAAGGAGGAUGAUGAGCGAUUCGAGAGGGCCCUUAAGGGAGAGAAAUUCGAUGAUGAGGAGGAUGACGACGACGAGGAGGACGACGAGGAAGACUCCUUCGAUGAGAUCGAGAUCUUCCCUGACGGCGAGGACCUUGCCAUCGCUCUCGCGGAGGACCUGUGGCCCAACGCUCACAAGUAUUAUGGACAAUCCUUUGAGAUUGGCGAUGAUUACUCUGAAUUCGACGAGGACGAACUCGAAGAUGAGGAGGACGAGGAAGACAACUCUCGGCCCCGCAAGAAGGCCAAGGUUUAAAUCCAUCGUCCUGCUUUGAUUUUCAAGUAAAAUGCCAUUUCGUUACUCUCGUGCCCAUGGGUGGAUAUCUGAUCUUUAAUCACAAUGCGAUUACCAAAAUUAGUAGUAGCACCAGGACGAAGAUGAGAGCCGCGAUGCAGAAUGAAGACAUUGUAUCUAAUGAACCAAAAAUGAUUAGUUGACUGCUU